AAAACUGAUCUGCCCGGCAGCAGUAAUGCUUAAACCAUUUCAUACGUGACACUUGAUGUCAGUUUAUCGCUGAUGUCCGGCCUUGACAGACGUCGUCAUUGAUUCAUUGAACGUGUAUAGCCAUUUGGAGUAAGUUAGCAGCAUGAGGAAUCUCGGAAAGAUGGGUGUAGCACUAGCUGUUGCUGUGGUUUUCCUAACCAGUGACGUGAUGAGCAAGCCGCGGCCAUGUCUACAAGAGAACAACGAAUACUACAAUUCCCACCUGGGUUGCCACAAGUGCGACCCAUGUCCUCCGGGUGAAGAGCCGGACUACGAUCAGGACGUACCUGUGGACCGUAAGAGAGGGGCUUUACGGUGUUCGGCUUGCCGACCCUGCCAACCCGGGACAUACAGCAAAAAAGCUUCCCGACAGCGCUGUAGUUUGUGCAGGAACUGUGAGGUUCUAUCCCGACAUACUAACCAGCCCUGUACAGCCACACAGAAUGCCGUCUGUGGAAAAUGUCUGCCAGGACACCAUGAUGUGUAUAAGCGCAAAUAUAACUCAAGUCUCCCACAGUAUGACAAAGCAUGUCAGUCGUGUAAUGAUACUGCCCACAAGACCGUCCCGGAGUGCGCCAGUACCACCCUACCAACUGUCAGGGAGGAAGAGGGACGAACAUAUCACAAUGCAAAUGUGGACAAAGAAGCGCUAGUUAUCUCUGAAAACUCCCAGGACUCGGCUUUUUCGGCCGCCCUUACCAGUGACGUGAUGAGCAAGCCGCGGCCAUGUCUACAAGAGAACAACGAAUACUACAAUUCCCACCUGGGUUGCCACAAGUGCGACCCAUGUCCUCCGGGUGAAGAGCCGGACUACGAUCAGGACGUACCUGUGGACCGUAAGAGAGGGGCUUUACGGUGUUCGGCUUGCCGACCCUGCCAACCCGGGACAUACAGCAAAAAGCCUUCCCGACAGCGCUGUAAUCUGUGCAGGAACUGUGAGGCUCUUUCCCGACAUACUAACCAACCCUGUACAGCCACACAGAAUGCCGUCUGUGGAAAAUGUCUGCCAGGACACCAUGAUGUGUAUAAGCGCAAAUAUAACUCAAGUCUCCCACAGUAUGACAAAGCAUGUCAGUCGUGUAAUGAUACUGCCCACAAGACCGCCCAGGAGUGCGCCAGUACCACCCUACCGACUGCCAGGGAGCAAGAGGGACGAACAUAUCACAAUGCAAAUGUGGGCAAAGAAGAGCCAGUUAUCUCUGAAAACCCCCAGGACUCAGCUUUUCACAUGACAGUUGUUACAGGCAUGCCCUAUGUGAUGGCAAUAGUACUAGUCCUGCUGGUUAUCGCUGUAGCUGUUUUCAUGAGAAAAAGCAUCACGAGUCGGCGACAGAAAACUCCCAACUUGGAAGUAGAAUUGGGCAAACUGUGCCCUGUCUUUCCUGGGGAAAAUCAGGAAAUCCAAGGCAUGAGGGCAACCCUAACUCCAGCUACGUUCCGCGUGAACCCUUGCGCCAGACAGCCCUUAAGGUGGCAGACCGUGGGUCGAAGGCACCACUACUUCCCUUGAGGUCACCACUGAUGGUGAGGAUUGUUACGUCAAAAA